UAAUGAGCAAAGCUUAUUUGGCUGUGAAGAAUUUUAAAUGGUCUGAGAUGGUUAAUUUGCUUGCUUAUGGAGUGAAGCAUCCUGACACUCUUUCUUAGACUCAAAGAAUUACUAGAUUAUAUAGGUGAAUCUAAUAAAUAUUCUUAGAGCAACUAUUAGGAGACAUUACACAUCUUAAUUAGAGAAUUUUAAAGGUGAUCACAUUAGAUUUUAUAAUGAAAUGUAAGGGGCCCAAAAAGAUUUUAAUAGAUUAUAAGAAUUGAAUAAUAAUUAUGCAAGUAAAAUACAUUUACAAAACUAAUUAGAUUUGAAUCAAGAAUAGAAAGUAGAAUUUUCAUAAUUAGAAAAUAAAUGGGUCAAUUGGUUAGAGAGCAAUUAUGAUGCAUUUUUAUAUGUUGAUGAAUGUAGACCAUAUUCAAGCACAUCAACCAGAUAUAUUGUUUAUACAGAUGAAGAAUUGAAAUUUGAUCCUUUGGGUUUUUAUAAAUAAAGACCAGUUAAUGAUGGUAAAUUUGAUCCACAUUUGCCUUAUUUCAGAGAUUAUCCAUACAAUGAAUCAUGGUGGAAUAUGAAUGAAUCAUUCCCAUCAGGUAAUGAUUAUUUAAACAUAUUUAUAGAUUUUGAUGAUACACCAUCACAAUAACAUUGAU